CCCUUCUGUGCCAUUUGGCCCAUUUUCUUUCACCGCAACACUCUCCCAGAUCUCCACAUUUUGUUUGCGCCAUUUUCAUUCACCACCGCCCUCUCCCAAAUCUCCACAUUUCAUUGUAUGAGUCACCUAAAGCAAGCCAAUUGAGGCAUCACACUUACUGGUGAGGAGAGCCGUCCAAGUUUAAUCUCACUGAGUUUGAUCUCCAAAAUUGGGUUUAAUUUUGUUUUUCUUAGAGCUGAGUUUUCGAAUCCAGGCAUGUUUGAUCUGGAAGCAGAUCGAUCUGUAGAUUUCACAACCAAGUAUCGUCGUUUCCACACUUCCAAGCAAGGAUGUAUUUUUGUCUAAUAGCACAAUGUACAUGGAUAUGGAAUAUAUAAAGGGUAUGUUAAGACUCCCCUAGUCUAAGGAGGAGGUUAGCAUUUUGAUACUAAUACACAGAGAAAGCAGGCAAAGUUGGAUAAAUGUUUGGGGCUGUCCAAUUGGGAGUAUUGGCGGCCUGCAUAGUUCUUUUUGUUCCGCUAGUCAUGGCGGGCUGGCACUUGAGCCGAAACAAGAUGCUCUUCUUUAGCUGCGCCCUCUUCAUCACCCUCUCCGUCGGCGUUCAUUUAGCCCCUUAUUUCCCUGCCAUCUCCUCUUUCCUUUCCUCUCCAGGUUUACAAUCCUCCUCCUUAUCCGCAGAUUCAAAUCCAGAUUCCUGCAUUUCUUUACUUCAUCAAGUCGCAUUUAGUAUUCUGGCAUCUGGUACUAACACUAGUGAUCUUUAUGAUAAAUCUUGGGAGUGGAAGUGGGUGGAUUCUGAACCGGUGGAUCAGUGUGAAUUCCAGAAGUUGGGGAAAUCGGAUGCUUCGGAUUUGUUAAACGGGUCGUGGGUUGUGGUGGCUGGGGAUUCUGAGGCGAGGUUGGUGGUGGUUUCGGUGUUGGAGUUAUUACUGUGGCCAAAUGAGAUGGAAUUGAUUAGAGAUGAUUUGUUUAAGAGGCAUAGUGAUUAUAGCACUGUGGUGGGUAAAAUUGGGAUGAAGCUUGAUUUUAGAUGGGCACCAUAUGUGAGUAAUCUGACUAGUUUGAUGUUUGAGUUCAAGGAUAAAAAUAAUUACCCUGAUGUAUUGGUGAUGGGGUCAGGACUCUGGGAUAUGCUACACGUGAACGAUGCAUCAGAUUAUGGCGUUUCCCUCAAGUUGUUGCGGGAUUCACUAGUUAUGUCGUUGCCCGUCUACCUCGAUACUGUUUCUGAUGACAAGCCGAGAACAGGGACGGUUUCUGCUCGUUCCCCGCAGUUGUUUUGGCUUGGCAUGCCAAUGCUGAUAAAUUCAAUGUUGAAUACAAAUGCAAAGCGGGAGAGGAUGACGGAAGCUCAUUGGCAAGCUUACAAUGACGAGCUCUACAGAAGUAAGCUGCUGCUACAAUUUGGCGGCCCGUUUUUCUUGUUGGAUUUUCAUACUCUCACUCAUAACUGCGGGGCUGAAUGCACUACUGAUGGUAUGCAUUACAAUGGGAUUGUCUACGAAGCUGCAGUUCAGAUCAUGUUAAACGGCUUGCUUAUAGAAUCUAACCAGAAGUUAUGAUGGAGGGCUGUUGUUGUUUCUCCGACAUUUGAGAGAGAAAGAGGGCACUUGCAAGCCAGAAAAGCCCUUUCUUUCCAGGUGCGUCCAUCAGAAACUGUUACUUAAAUACCAAAGUUUUUGUGAUAAUAGUUUACAUUGAAGUUUGUGGCCACUCAUUUCUCUAUCGUGUACAAGUGUAUUAGGUAUAGUUUAAUAUCAACCCACACACGUGUAUUGUAGAGCAAGAAAAGUCGACUACUCGAAUCAUUUCCUUCAUCCAAUCUUGAUGUGAGCAUAUAUAUAUCAUUUGAUACAGUGUAAUGUGCAUGGGAUCUCACUUUACCUUUCUCUGUAUGUAGGACUUUGAAUGAAAGAUUAUAUAGCAUUCUUUAAUGUUACUCCAAAUUUUGUACUUUUAAAAUCAAUAAAAUUUCUUUUACUUCUCAUA